AUGUUUUGUUAUUUGCUGAUACUGGUUCGCCGAAUAAGCAUCAAGAAGUCGAGCGAUCUGAUAGACAGACUGCGCAACGCGAAUAAGUUGAUCGGGGCGCUUAAGAGGCUGCAAGGUCGAGCUGCUUUCGUCACGCCAUUUUUACGCUUGCUGCAGGCGCACAUGUUCCACGUGCGCGGCAGGAAGUCAGCGUCUCAGGCGCACUUGCAGAAAGCAAAGAGAUGGUCGCAGCGACAGGGGAACGUGAUGCUGGAAGCCUGGAUAGAGCAGAACAGAAGGACUUGGAAGGAGAACUACAACAACAUGGCGCAUUAUUGGGUGGAGUAUCUGGGAACUGCGAACGGGAUCUGCUGGCAGGAGAUCCAAGGAUUUGAGACGGAAACUUGGUCCACUAUUAUGUACCCUCUUCCAAUACCGCAUUACGCUGUUUGA